CUAUCGAUGCACUCGGAAGCUCGGCUGGCGCUGCCUGGCGCUGGAACCAGGAAGGCGGUGAGCUUAAACUGAAGCAAGUUCGGAGGACGGCAGCGGCGCCCAGAUUUGAAGGAACGUUUUUUGGUCUGUGGCGCUUGCAAGUCCACGGGAAGCGUGAGGCCGAAGGCCGGGACCCAGAAAUGGGACGCCGGUCAUCAGAUACUGAAGAAGAAAGCAGAAGCAAGAGAAAAAAGAAACACCGUAGACGGUCAUCUUCAAGUAGUUCUUCAGAUAGUAGAACAUAUAGCCGAAAGAAAGGUGGAAGGAAAUCAAGGUCAAAGUCAAGAUCUUGGUCCAGAGAUCUUCAGCCUCGCUCUCAUUCAUAUGAUAGAAGACGCAGGCAUCGAUCAAGCAGUAGCUCUUCUUAUGGCUCUAGAAGAAAACGAAGUCGAAGUCGUUCAAGGGGUCGAGGGAAAUCCUAUAGAGUUCAGAGAUCUAGGUCAAAAAGCAGAACAAGAAGGUCCCGGUCAAGACCUCGUCCACGGUCCCAUAGUCGAAGCAGUGAAAGGUCCAGUCACCGAAGAACCCGUAGUCGAUCUCGGGAUAGAGAACGACGUAAAGGCAGAGACAAGGAGAAAAGAGAAAAGGAGAAGGAUAAAUGCAAGGAUAAGGAAUUACACAACAUCAAACGUGGGGAAUCUGGAAACAUCAAAGCUGGAUUAGAACAUCUGCCACCAGCUGAACAGGCCAAAGCCAGACUACAGCUGGUUCUUGAAGCUGCUGCAAAAGCUGAUGAAGCACUGAAAGCAAAAGAAAGAAAUGAAGAAGAAGCAAAGAGAAGAAAGGAGGAAGGUAAAGACCAAGCCACCCUGGUUGAACAAGUAAAAAGAGUAAAAGAAAUUGAAGCCAUUGAAAGUGAUUCUUUUGUUCAGCAGACAUUCAGAUCAAGUAAAGAAGUCAAAAAGUCCGUGGAGCCUAGUGAGGUGAAGCAUGCAGCUGCGACAUCGGGACCAGCAACAGUAGUUCCUGACCCUCCCAGUAGUGAAAAAGAAAUAGACCCCAGCAGCAUCCCCACUGCCAUCAAGUACCAAGAUGACAAUUCUCUGGCCCAUCCGAAUUUAUUUAUUGAGAAAGCUGAUGCUGAGGAAAAGUGGUUCAAGAGAUUAAUUGCUCUCCGACAAGAAAGGUUAAUGGGCAGUCCUGUGGCCUAAGUAAUAUAUAUAUGGUUGAAUUAACAGUAACAUUGGAAAUGUAGGUUUUUAAAUCCCAAUAUUAACUUUUUACUCUUAAAAAGUGGUUAGCUGAUUAUGUGAAAAGGUAAUAUUUCAUUCAUUUUUCAUGUAGGCUUGAAUAUUUGUUGAUUUGAACUUAAUCAAACAUUGUGAAUAUUAAAACUAGUGUAAAAUUUAAUGCAUGAAAAUAUCAUACUGUUAAUAAAGUUAAUCCUAAAAAUAUCAGUGGUAAAAUAAAUGGUACACAGUAGUGUUUGAGUAAAACUGGAAAAAUAUCAAGUCGUCAUUUAAGGAUACAAUUUUGAUUAAUCAUGCAUAUGUAAGAAUCAAACUAUAUGCUAUCCAUGUGAGAUUUCAUCUUCCAUGUAUUAUGAAACCAUUUUUGAAUCUUUUAUUUCACCUUAUUGUAAAAAUUUAGGCAGAAUAAAAAGCACUGUAAACAAUCUAAGUAGAAUGAGCAUGUUAAUCCUAGAGGAAAAAAAUAUUUUUUGAAAAACGUUUCUUGAAAAUUAAAUAAAUUGACAAUUUAUUGCUUAGAGAUCAGCAUUUACUAAGUGUUCCUUUUAAAAAUGUUAGCAGAUCCCAGCUCAUUCCUCUAGAAACCAUAUGUUCAUGGUAGACCUCAUCAGUUGACCAAAUACCCAUGAUGGGGAAAUCAUUUCUGAGAAAGCUGGUAAGAGCUCUCACUUCAGUCUUACUUACCCAACUGCUAUUCCCUACAGAGGAAGCCAGCUAAUUGUAAUUUUGAUAAAGCUAUCUGUCAUUGUAGAAUACCUUUCUCUAGUAGCUGAAUGAAAAUCAAGUAUGCAUUCCAUACUAAACAUGCCAGAGAUAAAGAUUUCUAGGCCUUGCCUUACGAAACUAGUUUUCAACAGCUGACAUGAAUAUUUCCCUUCUCUUUUGUUCUGUUGUCUGGUCUCACUCUAAUUUGGUCUCUAUGAAGACUGUGCCUUGGAAUACAAGAUAAACCUGUAAAGUUUUUAGGAGAUUACCAAUAUAUAGGACAGUUUAAAGCCAUCUUUGUUAUAUUUCUGGAACUACUAAAAUUCUAAUUUCUGUUAAAAAUUUUUUAAAAAUAGGGGCGCUUGGCUUAGUCAGUUAAGCAUCUGCCUUCAGCUCAGGUCAUGAUCCCGGGGUCCUGGGAUUGAGCCCCACAUUGGGCUCCUUGCUCAGUGGGGAGUCUGCUUCUCCCUCUCCUGCUCCCCCUACUUAUGUUCUCCCUCUCUCUCUCUCUCUC